AUGCUGCGCUCCGCGCCAUCGCCUAGAAACCAAUCCUUAGUCGCGCGCUCGCGGUCCAACUUGUCGCACGGCGUCGCGACGUUGAGCCGGUCGCAGCGAUCCAGCUUGCGAGCAGCCAGCGUCGUCGUCGCGCUCCUCGCGCUGCUCGCGCUCGCCUUGCCCUCUCCCUGCGCCGCGCGGCGACCGCUCGGCUUUAAAGUGCAUCUACCGCCGAUUGGCGUAGAGAAGAAAGGGGGUGGAAACAAGGGUGGAGGGAACAAGGGCGUUGGGAACAAAGGAGGGGGGAACAACGGCGGGGGGAACAACGGCGGGGGGAACAACGGCGGGGGAAACAACGGCGGGGGAAACAACGGAGGGGGGAACAACGGGGGCGGAGGCAAGGGUGGGGGGGACAAGAGGGGGAAUAAAGGCGGCCCUGUGAAGGGCAUCGGGCUUCAACCCUUAUCGUGUUACUUCGCCACCAAGGCGUGCGACUUCGUGUUCAACCGGUCGGCGUCGCUGGCGCCCAUCCUGCCGCUCGUCGCCAUGCGCCCCGACCAGCCCAUCUCCGCCGCCAUCCUCCACAAGGCGGGCAGUCGCCCCGUGGUGUCCGCGUCUCUGCAGACCUGCCGCGCCCUCAACACCCUUGCUCUGCGCCUGCCGUCGUGUCCGGCCUUCUCCUUGGUCUCCCCAUCUGCUUCCAGCAAUGGCGUGCGCAUCGCCGGCAAGGCCCUCUCGCUGCUGCAGCUCGCUCAAUACAGUGGGGCGUGCUUCACACUCGAGUUUGCCCAGAUGAUGGUCAAGGUGGGCAGUGGCCCACGUGGCAUGACGCGAUUGGUCCGUGGCGAUGGCAAUGCGGAGUUCCCUGAG